UGUUCUCUUUCUCCGCUUCCCGCCAUUCACCGUUGCUCGCCCUCUAGGGCUUCGCCGCCAUGGCCUCAUCGUGCUCGCCGCCGUUGAUCUCCACCCGAUCUCCCAGAGGAAUGUUGGUUCCCAAGCGUAACCCUCGAUUCAUGGCUUCGUGGAUGUCCCCUUGCCUCUCGAGGUCACGAUCUUUGCGAAUUAGAGGGCUAUCGAUUGGGUGUGUCUUGGAUGAUGCGGUUCGGGAGAUUGUUUCCUCCGGUGAUUCGUUCUCGGAGAACGAGCUGUUCGUUUCUUGGUUCCGGCAGGCUUGGCCGUACAUUAGAGGCCACCGGGGAAGUAUUUUCGUGGUGGUGAUAUCUGGGGAGAUCGUGGAUAGCCCUCAUUUGGAUAGCAUUCUUCAGGACAUUUCACUUCUUCAUGGUCUUGGGAUCAAAUUUAUCCUUGUUCCGGGAACUCAUGUCCUAAUUGAUAAACUUUUGAAAGAGAGAGGAAGCAAGGCCAAGUAUGUUGGCCAAUAUAGAAUCACUGAUUCUGUUGCGUUAGAGGCAGCGAUGGAAGCAGCUGGGAGGUCUCGUGUUACGAUUGAGGCAAAGCUUUCUCCUGGACCUCCUAUUUUAAAUCUUCGGCGACAUGGUGAAAAUAGUCGUUGGCAUGAACUUGGAGUUAGUGUUGACAGUGGAAAUUAUCUUGCAGCAAAGAGAAGAGGAGUUGUCAAGGGUAUUGAUUUUGGAGAAACAGGAGAAGUUAAAAAAAUAGAUGUUUCACGAAUACGAGAUCAGCUUGACAAAGAUUGCAUAGUUAUAGUAAGCAACCUGGGUUAUUCCAGCACCGGAGAAGUUUUAAACUGCAACACAUAUGAGGUUGCCACUGCCUGCGCCUUAGCUGUCAAGGCUGAUAAGCUGAUCUGCAUUGUGGAUGGUCAGAUUCUAGAUGAACAAGGACGAUCUAUUCAUUUCAUGACUCUUGAAGAUGCGGAUUUGUUAAUUAGAAAUCGAGCUAAACAGAGUGAAAUAGCUGCAAACUAUGUAAAAGCUGUUUGUGAUGAUGAUGCCAAUUGUUUGGGCCAUCUAGAUUCAAAUGGAGCUAGUGAACCUCUUUGGAAAGGUUUCAGUGAGAAGUUCUAUACUGCAUUUCAGAAUGGUGUUGGUUUUGACAAUGGGAAUGGUCUAUGGUCCAGUGAACAGGGAUUUGCUGUUGGGGGUGAAGAGAGGCUGAGUAGAUUAAAUGGCUACCUUUCAGAAUUAGCUGCUGCGGCAUUUGUUUGCAGAGGUGGAGUUCAAAGGGUUCAUCUACUAGAUGGUUCCCAACAUGGGGCUUUGCUUCUUGAAUUGUUUACAAGAGAUGGAGUUGGGGCAAUGAUUGCUAGAGGUGUUUAUGAGGGAACUCGGACUGCUAGAGUGACAGAUCUUCCUGGAAUAAGACAACUUAUUCAGCCUUUAGAGGUUUCUGGGACAUUGGUUCAAAGAACUGAUGAAGAGCUUCUUCAAACAUUAGAUUCCUUCAUAGUUGUAGAAAGAGAUGGCUCCAUCAUUGCCUGUGCGGCUCUCUUUCCUUACAUCAAGGAGAAGUGUGGUGAAGUUGCAGCUAUUGCCGUGUCUCCAGAAUGCCGUGGGAAUGGGCAAGGAGAUAAAUUGCUUGAUUAUGUCGAAAAGAAGGCAUCAUCCCUUGGCUUAGAGAAACUUUUCCUGCUUACAACCCGGACUGCGGAUUGGUUUGUGAGACGAGGAUUCAAAGAAUGUUCAGUUGAGGACAUACCAAAGGAGAGGAGGGAGAGGAUAAACUUUUCCCGGGGAUCGAAAUAUUAUGUGAAGCAGCUUCAGCGAGAACUUGGCGGAAUCAAUGUUAAUGGCUCUGUCCGUCGAUAAUAGGUAUGUAUACAUUCUUUCCAAUAAUGGUCUUUUUAUCUGUGAACUGUCUUUUAUCUAUUGUGCUUGUUUGAUUAUAUGAAACACAUCAAUAUCAAUCUUUAUAAGUAUUUUGCUAAAACAUGAUAAUUUAUGUUGUUA